CAGGCGGCCCCCGCGGGGUUACGAGGUUCGGGAAGGAAGACAUCAUCACCCGGGAGAGAAAACGAGGAAACCUUCGUCUAUUCAGGGAGUUCCGCUGCAGAUUUACGCCGAGUUGGACCAAAAUGUCGCCUUCUGCUCCGUCACUGCUGUCCUGUUUGUGUUUAUUCGCACUUUUAUCGCUGGGACACUGCGAGGAGCAGCGGACCCCGGAGGAGAAACUUCUUGUUGUGACCGUCGCCACCAAAGAGACGGACGGAUUCAGGCGCUUCUUGAGGUCGGCGAAACACUUUAACUACACGGUGAAGGUUCUUGGUCAAGGGGAGCCAUGGAGCGGGGGCGACUACGUGUCCGCUCCUGGAGGAGGACAGAAGGUCCGGCUCCUGAAAGCUGCCCUGCAGGAGCUAGGAUCCCAGGAUCAGAUCGUCCUGUUUGUCGACAG